GUUCUCAUAUGAUAGCUAGCUAGUUAGCAGCCUUCCAAUGUUUUGAUGUGUCAGGUAAGGAAUGUUCUCAUAUGAUAGCUAGCUAGUUAGCAGCCUUCCAAUGUUUUGAUGUGUCAAUACAGGAUUUGAUAUUAAACAAUUAGCAACAUCAGAAUUUAGCUAGGUCCUGUCGACCACAAAAAAAUUGAGUAGCUAGCUAGCUAAGUGAUUGGAAUUGUUUACUUGCGGUAAAAUAGCUAGUUAACGUUAGCUAUGCCAGUUUCGACAGAUCAUGUUUUUGAGUUAUUGAAUUAAUCUUGCUCACUAAUUGCCCGUUAAUAUGCCUUUUAAAAAUGUGUAAUGAUGACCAAUUAACCUAGCAUCUUUUUUUAUUGAUAUUAUCAGUGUGCAACAUCCUACGUUGCCCGAAAAUCUGAAAAUGGUUGUGGAAAAUUGUGUUUUAUUGAGACGGCACACAUUUUAAUUUUUUCCCCCCAACAGACUGCCAUUAAAGCUAGUUACGGAGGAAAGGUAAUUUACAAGCCAGAAUAUUGAGUACAAAUACAUUUUACUCUACCGCAUGUCUGUGCGGUUGGUCCUUCUGCUGGUGGAAAUUGGAGACAAAAUAUCUGCAGGAAAGUAGCUAUUAUUUACGAUUACUUUUUAGAAAGCUGGUACCGCUGUUGACAUUUUUAUCACCUGGCACAUGAGUAAAAACUUAACACCUGCAGGAUCACGGUUAUUAUGUAUGCAUUGCGUGCAUGUACUGUCUUGUGCACUGCAUGUCUUAGGUGAUGAGUUAACAAAUCGUGAUAGCCACACACAGGGACCCACGGUUUGAAGUCUGUUUAAUAAAAUGUUCCUGUGGGUAUACAUUUCCACCUGCAGAAGGACCAACUGUCCAGACUACCUGUAGAGUAAAUUGACAUUUUCGAUAUUUAACUACUGGCUUUCAGCAGACUGUUCGUUUUUUUUUUGCAACACUAGUGUGGCAAUACAGCGUUGCUAAAAGCAGCUAUGUUUGCACAUGCAGUGUGCCCUUGAGAAAGUCAGGGGUCCGACUGCUAGAGCUAGAACAACCUCAUAGUUGUCAAUAGGCUAGCUUGCAAUUAAUUAACACAUAAAUAACUGAAUGAAUAAAUAAUUGACUAUGGUCAAAUUACAAUACAAUAGAAGUACUAGAUAUCUAUAAUGUUACAUCAUGUUUAUACAGCAAAUCUGUCUACAAAAUAUAAUUUUUCAAUUUCUCAUUAUUUUCCCCUUCCAGACCAACGCCUUUACCACAGCUGUCUUAUUGCACUGCCAGCACCCCCUACAGGCUUCCUAACUCAGCGCUCACUGUCCCACCUUGCUGUCACCAUGCUAUUCCGUGGGAUCACAGCUCACCGCAUCAGCAAGACCGUCACCUUGUACCUGAACGAGACGGCGUCACCUAAACCUUCAGCUGGGCCUCCCCAGCCCUUACCCCAGGCCCAACCAAUGCUAAUGCUUCCCUGGUUGGGGUCGCGACCCCAGGCUGUGGCCAAGUACUGUGAGAUCUACUUCCGUAUAGGCUUCGAUGUGCUCAUAGUGGAGAGCGAGGUAAGUCAGUUCCUGUGGCCGCGUUGGGGUCUAGACUAUGGAGCAAGGGUACUGGAUGUCCUACAGAGUGACCGCUUUGUGUCACGCCCCUUACUCGUGCAUGCCUUUUCCAUAGGAGGAUACACCUUCACCCAGUUGCUGGUGCACAUGUCUCACGACACACAGAAGUACCACAGCUUCACUAAGAGGAUCAAAGGCCACAUCUAUGACAGCCUAGUGCUGGGCUCACUGGAGAGGAUGGCUACUGGUCUAAGUAAGAACUUGUUCCCCCGGCUGGAGAGCCUGGUUAAACGGGCCAGCAUACUCUACUUCAGAGCCUUCAAAUGCCACACGGUCGACUACUUCAACACUGGCAUCAACGUCUUCAGGAACAACCCUGUCACCGCCCUCGUCUUCUUCUGCCAGAACGACACGCUGUGUGACCCUGAGGUCAUGGAGGAGAUCAUCGCCUACUGGAGGAAACGAGGGAUGGAGGUGACGGACAGAAAGUGGGAGGAGUCAACACAUGCAGGCCACCUGAGACGACACCCCCAGGAGUACCUGUCCACCUUAGAGACCUUCCUCCAGAGUUUCAGUAUGGUCCCUCUCAAGGCCAAGAUGUGACCCCAGGCAGGACUCACUCGACUGUGGUCCGGUCCAGAAACAAUCCCUAUUCCCAUCCACUACCCCUUAGGCCCUCAGCAUGGCCCCCAUCAAGGCCAAGUUACCACAGGACACAGCUAUGGUCCAGUCCAGAAAUAGUCUCUAGCCCAGUGGUAUUCAAUGCUUUUCAGCCGGGACCCCAUUUUUUUUCAGCCAGAACUUCUGGGGACCCCAUUUUUGUUGUGUAAAUUUCUCCCUACCCCACCGCAAAUCUAAUGACACAACCUUAAAAUCGGUGAAUUACAAUUUUUACAUGAAUAAAUAAUCUUUAAUUCAUUAUAUUUUCAAAAUGAAAAGAAACCAAUAAAAAAUAUACUCAAUAUUUUAUUUUUCAAAUGAU